AUGUCCCCGAUCCCCAAGUUUGGACCGGGGCUCGAGGCGGAGUACACUAACAUAGUCCGGGUUGUGCAAACACAGAUUGAAACUCUGACAUACAAGGCAUGGCGGCGCCGUGAGGUAAUUGAGAAACUAGAAUGUCUUUGCCGCGAACUGGUAUUCCAAGCAGCCUGUGACGAGCGCAAGCCUCGUAGUCAUCUUCUUGGGUAUGCCCAAUUCCAACGUUUCUCCAUGACACUCAGACUUUGUUUACCGGAAGCACUUCUUGUCCUCACGAGUGACUGGACUAGUUAUCAGAUAAGCAAUCGGGCCUUUGACUGGAUGAGAGAGGAUGAUAUUGAAUAUACCGCAGUUUGUAUUCUCAAGGAAGCUCUUCUAGCCGCACAAUCAACUGACUGGUAUCUUUGA